AGGGGUCGGGGUUCGGGUCGCGGGGCGGAGGGAAGAGCGGGCAGGCGGGAGGCGCCGGCGCCAGACGCGGAGGAAAGAAGCUGCGACUAGCCGCCUAGAGGCCGCGGAGUCAGCGAGGACCGAACCAGCCGAGCUGCCGCCGCCGCGUCCCCAUGGCGGCCGCCAAGGACCCUCAUCAGGACCAUGAUACCUCUACUGAGAAUGCAGAUGAGUCCAACCACGACCCCCAGUUCGAGCCGAUAGUUUCGCUCCCUGAGCAAGAAAUUAAAACGCUGGAGGAAGAUGAAGAGGAACUUUUUAAGAUGCGAGCAAAGCUAUUUCGAUUUGCUUCAGAAAAUGAUCUUCCAGAGUGGAAGGAACGAGGCACCGGCGAUGUCAAGCUCCUGAAACAUAAGGAGAAAGGGACCAUACGCCUUCUCAUGAGGAGGGAUAAGACCCUGAAGAUAUGCGCCAACCACUAUAUCACGCCAACGAUGGAACUGAAGCCAAAUGCCGGCAGUGACCGUGCCUGGGUUUGGAACACCCAUGCUGACUUUGCUGAUGAGUACCCUAAGCCGGAGCUGCUUGCCAUCCGCUUCCUAAAUGCUGAGAAUGCACAAAAAUUCAAAACAAAGUUUGAAGAAUGCAGGAAAGCGAUUGAAGAGAGAGAAAAGAAAGGUGAAAAGAAGCCCCUGGGUGGGGGGCUUUCUUGCAGACUCACUCUGCACCCAGCUGCAGCCCCAGGACUGGGCAAAAAUGAUAAUGCUGAAAAAGUGACUGAAAAGCUGGAAGCUCUUUCUGUGAAGGAGGGGAACAAGGAGCCUGGAGAGGAGACCGGGGAGAAAUCGGAGAAGCAAUGAGUCGUCUUAAUUUCUUUUCCUUUUUCUUUUUCUUCUUUUUCUUUUUUAAUUUUGCCCUGCCCCUCCUUUUGGGUUUAUUUUUAUUCUGUUAUGUUUUCAUAAGGGACUUUAUAUAAAGAACUGAAUUCCAACAUUCAGGUUUUUUUCUUAAGUUUUUACCCUAUUGAAGAUGACUUGAGAAAAUCCAUUCCCCAGUCAUGAAAAUGUACUGUGCUAACUUUCUUUUCCAUAGUGGAAACACUUAUUUAUAGUCAUCAAAAAUAGUGAAUAAAAAAUGCAUUUGAAACCUGAA